UCAACGUGAUGAAGUUUCACUCUAAACUUUACAUUCAGCGCGGAUCAGUCGUCCCUUCAGCAGCAUGGCUCUGUCCAACAAGUGGUGGAUCCUGUGCGCCGUUUCGCUCUCCUGUGUCGCCCGUUUGGGGUCUUGCAGAAGACAUAGACAAGAUGGAGCACAACCCGAGCUCUUCAUCUUCAACGAGUUGUGCGCCUUGAAGGACGAACCAGGGCCUUGCAAGGCCAUAAAGGAGAGAUUCUUCUUCAAUGUCGACACGGGACGCUGUGAGCUGUUUGAAUAUGGAGGCUGUAGGGGAAACGACAACAAUUUUGAGACCUUGGAAGCAUGUGAGGAAAUGUGUGUUGUCUCAGAUGAAAAGAACCCAUGUCAUUUACCAGAGGCUCCUGGUCCCUGUCGAGGGAUGGUGACGCGCUACUUCUUUGACACCGCGACUCAGCAGUGCAAGCGCUUCUUUUAUGGCGGCUGCUUUGGCAAUGCCAACAAUUUCAGGAGCAUGGGCGAGUGCCAGGAAAAAUGUCAGAACCCAGCAAAACCCACUAGGGCACCAGAAGUCCAUACACAAUCUCUUAGAAAAUUUGAUGCUGUGCAGCCAACCAUAGUAACUGGGGAACUGACUGCAAGCGAACCUCAGGUUCAACCUGGUGUCCCUUAUCAAGGAACAAAAAAGUGGAAGAUUGAUGAGGCCUGCUUCAGUCCUGUGGACAAGGGAACAUGUCACGGUGCAGAGAGGAGGUUUGCAUACAACCCUGAGGUCAGGAGAUGUGAGCCGUUUAUGUACAGUGGAUGCGGAGGAAAUGAGAAUAACUUCAAACACCCGAAACGCUGUUUUAGAAAGUGCAUUGGAAGCAGAAAAGGGGUGAUCCGAAUAAAGAGGAAAAACAUAGGAAGCAUUGUUAAUCGCUCAGUCUGAAUGCUUGGCUCUGCAUUAGAUCCUGCACUACUGUGGAGUCACCUGUAUUUAUGUCCAUAUUUUACUUUUAGCUUUACUCAUGCUAUUUUCUAGUGCAACAGUACUUGUGUAAAAAUGAUGUCUAGUGUACCUGAGUUAACUUUGUAGUAACUGAAUCAUUAUCCACACUGUUGCAAUAUUUCUGUGACAAAAGAACAUAUUUGUUUUGCUAACGUCUUGUCUCGUCUCUGUAUACAAACAUCUUGUGUCUUUUUAAUUUUACAGCUUCAGUGCUCCUUUAUGAUCAUACUCAUUUAAACAUUUUACUGGAGCCUUUAAGAAAAACAAUCAAAACUGUAAUAAGAUUUUUGUUCAGUAGCUAAAUCAAUGCUUCUACUGCAAAUUUACUGUGCACAUUCAGUGACUGAGGCUUUUCUAAAAUGGUUAAAGCUUCACUAUUAUUUGUCAGUGUGAAUAACAUCAUUAGUUAAUUAAAGCGGUGGACGAUCUAUGUUCCAGGAUCAAUGACAACAAUGUAUGAAUGUCCUCAAGCAAACACAUUAAUCAAGAGUACCAUGCCCUUGCAGCUAUAAAUCAAUAUAUACAAGGUAAUGACUGCUUUAUUUCUGUCAGAUUAAGCAUGAACUUUUUUUUCUUUUCUUUUUUAAACAAUAUUAUGCAGUUUUAUAAAUCACUAUUGCAGUAUUGCUGGUGUUGUUAAGGAAAAACAGAAGGGGGCAGUGUUGUGUAAAGGACGUUUUCAGCAUGUGGGCUGCAUAGUGUUUGCUUUACUGCCUUGUUUUGUUGCUGGAAAGAAUUGGACGGUAAGAUUUUAUGAAAUAAAUAUCCACUAUUACCUGC